AUUCAGUCGGUUUGCCACAAGCAAACGAACCGAACAUUUUCUUUUGAAACGGCAAUACUCUGGUUCAGUUCAAUGCGAACGUGAGAACGGUGUGGACGUGCCAAAAAUACUACGCGGAACAUCGUAAUAAUAAUAAAUAAAAAAAGACAGAAGAAAAAAAUACAAUUAUAAACUGAAGACCAGCCACCAGCAAAUUAUAAAGAAAAUUUACCCACUCACACAAUUAAAUAAAUUAAUUAAAAAGAAAACUAUGCAAAUGAGUGCAAUUAUUUAUGAAUAUUAAAAAAAAUAUUGUUUUUAAUUUUUUUUUUGAAAAAAUCCAAACAAACUUCUCAAGAAUUUUCAAAAGUCCUGGAUUAUUUUGAAAAUUCCGUUUAACCACUACUCUCCCCCCUUAUAUGCAACAACACAAACUGUUAAUAAUUAACAGAUAAUUUAUCUCAAUUACAAAACAAAAGAAAAAAAAAACUUAAAAAGUUUUCUAAAUUUUUUUGUUAUUUAAUGCAACCAAAAACAUAAUUGUGCAACAACAACAACAAAAAACGUUAAUUUCAAAUCUCAGAGAUUUUGUUGAAAAUUUCAUGCAAAAAAAAUCCUGGCUUUAAAAAAAUUUGCCAACUACAAAAACAAAGUUUUCAGUUAAACUGUGAUUUUUUCCAAACACACAAAUAACAAAAACAACAAUAAAAAAAUCUCAAAAACAUCACUGUGUUUUUUUUCUUGUUUUCUUCAUAUUUGCAUUGCGUUUUUCAAAUUGUGGUUUACCUUGCAUUAGGCAGCAACAAUCACUUUACAAAAACAACAACAACAAGAACCACAAGAAAUUAUUAUCACAAAACUAAAUUGAGGAAUUAAGAGAGUGACGAAAAAAAACAUUUGUGUUUCUGUUUUGAUGUGAUUUUGCAAAAAAAAAAAAAAAACAAAAACAUUUUUUUGUUGUGGAAAAAUCAAGUGGAAGUGGAAAAACCAGUUAACAAAAUUAUUGCAUUUUCCCUUAACAACAACAACAAAAACACGAGAAAUUCCCCAAAAUUCUAUCUCAAAGAUACCCAACAUCCGCAGCAAGAACAACAACAGCAAAACGUUAAAAGGAACAACAAACUCAAGGUAUUUCCCCCAUUUAACUGAGGAGUGACGUUACAAAUUAAAAAUCAAGCAUAAAGAACCAAAUACACGGCGGUGACGACUCGAGUAGUGGCGAAAAAAACCUACAACAACAACAAAAGCAACGCAAACUCAACACACUUCUUUACAACAGUUUGCUUUAUCAAACAUUAACACAACAAAUCAAGAGAGUCAACCAACUGUUUGUAGUGAGAAAGGAAAAGAGAGAGGUCAUAUAUCAAAGAGUAGCCACUUGGAAAACCCGUAACAACACACAACAGAGAGCUUACCAACUCACUUAGAACAAAGAAGAGCCAGAGGAAAGGCAGAAGGGGCAUACGUGUGUGUGUGUGACAGUGUUUGGUGUGUUUUUUUUGCUGUGUGUGAUAAGCAAACGACCCCAAACAAGAGUAAAAUUAAUUCAGUUAAACAAAACAAACUAACGGAUUUUUCUUACAAUUUGUUGUUCACUGGUUAAGCCACUCAUUGCUCGCUCAAGUGGUGAGGAAGAGUUGUUUUGAAUUGGGGAAAAGAGAAACUUAAAAGAAAACCCAACUUACCUCACAAAACAACGCCGCAGAACAGUAGCAGCAGCAGCUACAACACCAACAAAAUGACCUUGCCCAGCAUAACGCCCAACAAUCAAUGCGAUGAUGAUUCCGAUAUGUUUGGACCACCACGUACCUCGCCACCAAUUGGCUAUCAUCAUCAUCGAUCGCGUGUGCCUAUGAUAUCGCCAAAAUUGCGUCAGCGUGAGGAGCGUAAACGCAUACUCCAGCUAUGCGCCCACAAAUUGGAACGCAUCAAGGAUUCGGAAACCAAUCUGAGACGCAGUGUGUGCAUUAAUAACACCUAUUGUCGUCUAACCGAUGAAUUGAGACGUGAAAAGCAAUCCCGUUAUUUGGCCAACUUACCAAGAACUGAAAACAAACCCGAAUCGGCCCGUGAUAACAUUUUCAAUCCCUACAACAGUUGCAGUCUUGAUCAGCCAUCCAAUAAAAUUCAGCAAAAUGAAAACAGCUCUCAACACAAUUCCAUGCAAAAGAAUGAAAACUCAUUUGCCUUGUCACUGUCGCUGACACCCACAUCAGGAAACUCAUCAUCAUCGUCGUCGUCGUCAUCAUCAACAUCGCCAUUAGCCAAUAGCAGCCAACAACAACAACAACAUUCAUCGAACAGCUCGUCCUCUCAUCAUUCCGCUGAUACGACAACAAUAGGGAAUCUCCAGGAAAACAAUCCAUUGAACUCACAUUAUACACCGUCGCAAAAUGCUUCAGCCGCCGCUGCCAAUAAUUCCGCAAAUCCAAAUCAUCACCAAUCACAGCCACGUAAACGUUGCCUAUCCUCCAGUAACAUUGACAAAGAUCUCGAAAUAUUGGAUCGUGAAUUGAGUGCCAUCAAUUCACCCAUGCCCAUGAUUGAUCCCGAAAUAACCCAAGGUGCCGAGCAAUUGGAAAAGGCUUUGUCAUCGCGCAAACGACAACGCAGCGAAGAUGAAAGUGAUCGUUUGGUGCGCGAGGCCCUAACACAGUUCUAUAUACCACCUCAACGUUUAAUAUCGGCCAUCGAUGAUUGCCCCUUGGAUAUGGUAAAUGUGGGUAGCCUCUCGCCGAAACGACCGAAAACCAGCAAUGAUUUGGAUUUGGAAUUUGACAUGAAUCAGAAUCAAAAGGAUAUCUAUGAUAUUAUGGAUGCCCUGCGUCUGGGUUCGCCCAGUCCCACGCCCAGUGUGGGCAGUGACAGUUGCGGCCAGGCGGCCAUGAUGAGUGAAUCGGCCAAUGUGUUUCAUAAUUUGGUGGUUACCUCCUUGGAGACAUGAAAGUUCCAGUAAGCAAGAAAUUAACUCAUUUGAAGCUAAGAGAGAGAGAGAGAGAGAGCAAUCCAGCAGCACCAGCAGCUUGCAGGGCAAAUACAAUUUGCCAAAAUUGCAGCUUGUCCUUUCCUUUUUUAAUGAAGAAAAAUCUUCCUCCUUCUCCACAUUGUAGUUAAUUUAAUGGCCAAUUUAUUGAGGUUAGCCUAAAUUAAAGAACUAAGAAAAUUUUGGUAUUUCUAAGUUAUUUUUUUUUUAUUUGUUGUUAUUAAGUUGUAAAAACCAUGAAAUGGGUAAAUUCCUAAUACCCCAAAAAAAACAUCAUCACCACCACCAAAAUCAAUUGUACAUUCUCUUUAUGUUUGUAUUAAAAAAAAAACAACACAAAACUUAAAAAUUAAAAUUUAAUUAAGGGAAAAAAAUUAUUAAACAACAAAAAUAUAGCUAUAUUAUUAUGAUGAUUACCAAUAAGAUUUGUAGUGAAAAAUUAUCAGCUUAAAAAUUUAUAUACUUAAACGCUUGACAUUUUUAUAUAUAUAUAUAUAGCAAAAACAAACAAACCCAAUACUUUAUUCUAUAUAUAAAAAGAAAAAAAAAAACAAAAAUGAAAAAAAUACUGCAUUAUAUACUUUGUAUGUAUGUACAGAGACAUUCGUACUUGUAUAAGCUAUUAAUUUUAGUUAAAAAAAAAAAAAAACAAAAAACAGAGCUAAACUUAAAAAAAAAAAAACAAAAAAAUAUUAAUUGAAUAUGCUUUAAAUAUUAAGAUUUGCUAACAACCACAACAACAACAACAACAAAAAUACUUUUACUAAUAAUCAAAGAAUUUAUAGUCAAAACACAACAACAACAAGAAAACAAACUAUAAAAACCAGAAAACUAAAAAUUGUGAAAAUUAAACAAUUUUCUAAACCGAAACCCGCUGUAAAACCAACAAAAGCAAAAAAAAUACUCUCAAGAAACUGUAAUAAGGACACUGAUUUUCUUCUUUAAGUUCCACCAAAAAACAACAACAAAAAAAAAACAAAAGCUUUCUACAAACAAAAGGAAAUCACACACACAACUACUAUACAAAACAGUUUCCUAGUCACCUUAACUCACCUCUAAAAACUACAUUCACACAAUAACAACAACAUCUACAAUAGUUCAUAAUUUCAAACACUCACACAUACACACUCAACAACUAGAAGAAAUAAUAUUUAAAACAAAAAAUCAUAUGACAAAGGUUUCACUUUUUCUUCAAAAGCAUUUGCCAACCCAGCUAAGCAUAAUGUCACUGGCUUGACAUGGAAAGGCUGCAGUAUUUACAAAGUUGUAUUUUCUUAACAAAAAAAAAACAGUUAAUAAGUUCCAAGAUUUUGGGAUAAGAAUCACAUAAAUUAUAAAGAGUCAUUUUUUAAAAUUUAAAAUUUUUUCUACCUUCCCCAAAUUUGACAUCUUAUCCCUUUCUGGGAUAUAAAAUCAUAUGCAAAUUGCCAAAUUUAGGACUGGACUGGUAAUUUGAAUUCCUCAGAUAUAUGCAAAGAAUUGGGGAUGUGAAAAAUGUCAAAUUUAGGACCAUACAUAGUCAUGGGCUAGUGAAUUUGAAAACCCUCAGAAAAUAUUAAAAAAAAGCAACUCAAAUGAUUUCAAAACCCCCAAUUUGGAACAUAAACCCCAAUAAAGAACAAACCCUAACCAAAACUGGUUCUACAAUGCCAUGCAUUUUUCAAAAAUUUCUCAAAGAAAAUACCAACAAAAAACGUAGACAACAACCCCCCCCCCCCCCCCCCCCCAUUACUCAAAAAACACAAAAAGAAAACAGUAUUUCAAAAUAAGAAAAAUAAACAAGAAAACCUUAAAAUUAUUUCAUUUUUUUGUUUGAAAAAAGUGCAAUUAGUAUUUGGAGUAAAAUUCAAGUAAAUGUAACAAUUAAAAGCCUCAAACAUACAAUUUUUUGUUGCAAAUUUAAUGGAAAACAAAAUCAACAUACAUAUAUAUUUGAAUGGAAAACCAACACAAAAACAACAACAAGAAAGGAAACCAAUAAUUAAAACAAAAAAAAAACAUAAAACAAUGACAACAACAACAAAGAGAAAAAAUACAAUUUUUGGAACAUUUGUAGUAAUUUAUUAAGAAUUUAGAAAUUGUUUAUUUUCAAAAUAUGGCUGUGAUAGUAAUUUAAGUUAAUAAUUUUAAGGCAUACAAAACUCAUAACAAAAAACCCCCAAAAAUUAAAAAAAAAAAAAAACAAAUCUUAAUGGUCCAAUUAUAAACAACAAUUGGACUCCGGGGUAAAAGAAAUCAAAAAAACAAAAACCCCAAACAGAGAGCUUUGGCUAAUACAAAGCUGUGCCAAUUUGGAAGUUCGAUUGUGGUUCAAAAGGGGACCCAAACUUUGGACACAAACAAACAAAUAUACAUAAAUAUAUAUUGAUUGACAUAGCAACACAACAACUAAGAAUUAACAACAAAAUAGUAGUAUAAAAUUUACAUUAUAUUAACUUAAAAUGAAAAAAAAAAUAAAAAAAAAACAAAAACAACAAGUACAUAACAUUUACACAUACACAUACUUACAUGCUUUAAACUAAACACAACAUAAACAAAUUUUUUUCUGUUUGGCUUUAUAAUUUGUUUUUGUUUAUAUUUUGGCUUUUUUUCAUUUGAAAUAAAACAAAAUUUAAAAUUUCACUUUUAAAUUGAACACUUUUGUUUUUCUUAAAUUUAUUGUUACAAAAAGAAAAUCUAAAGAAAUUUAUAUAAUUGAUUUUUUAGUUAAUUUACGUUGCUGCCUUAUUAAAAAAAAAAACAACAAAAAAAAUAUUAAAAAAAGAAAUCUUCAAAUAAAUUUGAUUUAAAAAUUAAACUUAAUCUCUUUUCUUUUCUUUACUUUUCCAAAAAAAAACAAAUUAAACAAAGAACAAAAACAACCUCCUUCCCCAUUUGUAUCAUAACACGUAACAAAAAACAAAACAAAAAUAAUCAAACAUUAAGUAUAAUAAAAAAAACAAACCAACUAUACUAACAUUAACAACAAUAACAAAAAAUUGUGUAUAAAAAGAAUUUUAAUUUUGUUUUGUUUAUUUUCCAAACACCACCCACACUCAACCCUUCUCUCAAGACAUUAUUUUUCUUUCGUUUCGUUUUUUCCAAAAUAAUGUAACCCUUAAGCAUUAUUUUUUCCACAAUUUAUUAUUAGAAAUUAUUAUUACAAAACAAAAUUAUUACAAUGAAAAUAUAGUUAUUUUUUGAUUAUAUAGUGUAUAAAGAAACAAAAAAACAUCAUGUCAAAACAAACAAACUGCAUAAUGUUUAAUUAAUUUUUAUCAUUAUUAUUAUUAUUAAUUAAUUAUAAUUAUACAAAUACAAAACAAACCAACAAACAAAUAAUAUUUACAAAUACAACAACCAGAGACAAGAAUUCUGCAUUAAAAAAACCAAAAAAAAUUAAUAAAAGUAUUAAAAAUUAUUGAAAAAAAAAA